CAACCAAUAUAUUCGGAUGCAGAUUAUAAUCGAAGGCGAGGAUGCGGUCAAUGGCAACGGAUCUAUUCCCACUGGCUACGACGAGGCAAAUGCCUUAGCUUUGCCCUCAAAGAAACGGGCAACAAAAAUUAAAGAAAAAGAACAUAAAGUUGUGAAAAUUCUAACAAAGAAGCAACGGAAGAACUUACAGGCCAUUGUAGACAAAAAGAAAAAGAAAGAAGGUCGCGAGCAAUUGCUGAAAGAUCUGGGCGCUGUGCAAAUACCUGAGGCCGAACUAAAUCAGUACACAUCGAUUAGCCAGGUGCAGACAGUUGGGCUUAAGCGCUUGCACAAGCUAGACCAGCAUUUGGUCAAGAAAAAAGAGCGUCAGAGUCAGCAACAAAAGGAAAUGCAACAGAGCAAGAGCGGCGUCCAGCGUGUUAAUGCGCUCAAGGGCGGCAAACGUAAACUGCUCGUAGAGGAGCAAGAAGAGCUGGAAGCAAAACGCAUUAAUCCGAAUAUAGUUAAUGCAGAGGAAUCAGAAGAUGAUGAUGAAGACAGUAGCGGGGAGACGGAGGUGGAGGACGAUGACGCUGUCGAGGAAGAAGAGGAGAUGGGCGAAAACCGUAACGGAGAAAAAGAGGAAGAGGAAGUAGACAGUGGAGACAAGAAAAAAGAGGAGAUGAAGGAAUAUGAGACUGAUCUGCCAGCUAAAGAGGAACAACAGCCACUAGCUAAAAACGAGCAAUUGGAUCACUUGCUCAAAAAGCUGCCAGAUAUGCCCUCACUAACGGCUAUUCGCAAUGCGGACUCCAAAUCAGAUCCCGCUCCUGCCGGCACACCAACAUCGAUUCACAAGACAGUCUACGUGCCAGUCAAUCGCACAGCUGAGGUGCAGGCGGCUCGCCUCCGCUUACCCAUACUUGCCGAGGAACAGCAGGUGAUGGAGCUAAUCAAUGAGCAUCCCAUUGUAAUAAUUGCGGGUGCAACAGGAUCUGGUAAGACAACCCAGGUGCCGCAAUUUCUGUAUGAGGCUGGUUAUGCUUUGAAUAAAAUGAUUGGCAUAACCGAACCACGUCGCGUGGCUGCCAUAUCGAUGUCGCAGCGUGUGGCCCACGAAAUGAACUUGCCCAGCAGCGAGGUGUCCUAUCUACUGCGCUUCGAGGGCAACGUCACACCAGCUACUAAGAUCAAAUUCAUGACGGAUGGCGUGCUCCUGAAGGAGAUAGAAACCGAUUUUCUACUGAGCAAAUAUUCCGUGAUUGUGCUCGACGAGGCACACGAGCGCACCAGCAAUACAGACAUCUUGAUUGGGCUCCUCUCGCGCAUUGUGCCUCUGCGCAACAAGCGCGGGAAUGAACUGAAGCUGAUCAUCAUGUCGGCCACGCUGCGUGUCAGCGACUUCACGGAGAACACUCACUUGUUCAAAGUGCCGCCGCCCCUGAUCAAAGUGGAGGCCAGGCAAUUUCCCGUGACCAUUCAUUUCCAGAAGCAUACGCCCGAGGACUAUAUCCAGGAGGCCUUUAGGAAAACAGUCAAGAUUCACGCGAAGCUGCCGGAGGGGGGCAUCUUGAUCUUUGUAACGGGGCAGCUGGAGGUGAUGCGACUGGUGCGGAAAUUGCGCAAGGCUUUUCCGUACGGGGAGCAGAAAAAUAAGUUGGAGACGAAGACGAAGCAGCAGCCGCCAGAUAAGCCAGAUAAGCAGGAGGAGGCCGACAAGGGCGAGGAGAGAGCGCUGGACGAGGAAUUCGAUAAGAAGCGCAAGGAACGCAAUCCACGCAAAAGGAAGCCGGCAUUCCCUUAUACCAUGCCCAAGAUCAAUUUGGAUGACUAUAAGCUGCCAGGCGAUGAUACCGAAGCAGAUGUGCAUGAGCAGGCAAAUCCACAGGGGUCCGACAACGAGGAUGAGGGGGAGGAACAGGACAUUGAUGAUUUGGCUAAUCUACAGAGUUCAGCAGCCAAGCAACCCAUGUGGGUGCUGCCAUUGUUCUCGCUGCUGUCGUCGGAGAAACAGCAACGCAUCUUCCAGCCAGUGCCCGAAGGCUGCCGCCUCUGCGUGGUGGCCACCAACAUAGCGGAGACCUCUCUGACCAUACCGCAUGUCAAAUACGUUGUGGACUGUGGCAAGCAGAAGACACGGCUCUACGACAAGAUAACCGGAGUCAGCACAUUCGUGGUGACGUACACGUCGAAAGCAUCGGCAGAUCAGCGAGCUGGACGCGCUGGGCGCAUAAGUGCUGGGCACUGCUAUCGCCUCUAUUCGAGUGCAGUGUACAAUGACAUCUUCCCGGACUUCAGCCCCCCGGAUAUACUGCAGAAGCCUGUUGAUGACUUGAUGUUGAAGAUGCGUUGCAUGGGCAUCGAUCGCAUCAUUAACUUUCCAUUUCCAUCGCCGCCUGACCAAGAGCAACUGAAGGCGGCCGAAUACCGACUGCUAGUGCUCGGCGCCCUAGAGCCACCGAGUGCAACAGAUGGGUCUGAAGGGACUAAUCCACCGCGUGUUACCCGUCUGGGCGAAACUGUCACUUGCUUCCCAGUGGCGCCACGCUUUGGCAAAGUCAUUGCGCUAUCCACUCAACGCGAGCUGAUGCCCUACACGGUCAAUUUGGUUGCUGCUCUGUCAGUGCCGGAGCUCUUCAUCCACCACAGCGACCUCGAGCAGGGCGAUGAGCAGCCGAAGCUGGUAAAUCGUAGACCCUCAAGUUUAUCAAACGACGAGUUCCAUUUGCUGGGUGAUCCGAUGCUGAUGCUGCGUGCCGUGUGUGUCUGCGAUCGUCAAGACAACGACAAAGAUCUUAUUCGCCACUGUGAGGCCAACUGGAUUCGCUACAACGCCAUGAAGGAGGUGCGCAAGCUACGCAGCCAGCUGGUCAACGCGAUCAAUGUGCUCAUACCGGAUAUAAACCUGUUCGUAAAUCCGAAGUUGCCUCCUCCAUCUAGCGAGCAAGCACGAGCCUUGCGUCAGAUCCUGCUUGCGGGAAUGGGCGAUAAGGUGGCACGCAAAGUGCCGCUUGAGGAGAUUAGCGACAAGGAGGAGCGACGCCGGCUCAGGUUUGCCUACAACUGCGCCGAUAUGGAGGAGCCGGCAUUUCUGCACUCUGCUUCGGUGCUGAAGGCAGAAUCACCUGAUUGGGUGAUAUAUCAAGAUGUAUUCGAGCUGCAGCACGGCGAUAGCACCAAGAUAUUCCUAACUGGCAUUACGGCCAUUCAGCCGGAAUGGUUGCUGGUGUUUGUGCCGCACCUGUGCAAUGUGCACGAGGUGUACGAGGACCCACCACCACGCUAUUAUGAGAAAAAUGGGCGCAUUUUCUGCAACGCCAAGGUCACCUUUGGAAAAGCAGGCUGGGAGCUGCCUCUGUGCGAGCACCAAAUGCCAUUCAGCGAGAGGACGUGCUGUUACUUUGCAAUGUUCCUACUGGACGGAUUGGUUUGCCCUGCUCUGGCCGCCUUUAAGCGGAAGUUGAAGUCGUCGCCCUCUUCGUUCAUCAAGAGCUGGUCGGAUCUGAAUGACAAGGUGGUGCGCUUCAAGCGUGCCUUGAUAAAUAAGAAAAUCUUCUCGCGAGAGGCGCUCUUCAACCUAUGGGACACCGAACCAGAUUUCCUUUUAGAUGAAUAUCAUCAGCUUCUGUACGACGUACCGCUCAGCGAAUUGACUAAAAUUUGGCCACCAAUGGAAGUGGAUGAAGAUAGCUCAUGAAUUUC